AUGCUUCACAUUCUGCCUGGUUCAGAGAAGCGUGAGAAGAAUGACGCGGAUAAAACCGCAGCGAGCGAGAAAACCUCAUACAAAAAGGAAAAGAUGGCGAAGCUAAAGGCAGCUGCAACGAAGUCCCAUUCAUGGAAUGCUCUCUUCCUUGGUCCGAACGCUAUAGCAGACACCCUCGCUGAGAAGCUUGGUGUCGAAAAAGGUGACCUGCUGAAUUCUGAGGGUGGAGAAAGUGCGGGUGUCCGCUUAGCACUAGCCGAGACUAGGCUCGUGCGUGAAACGCGAGAAUUUUUCCUCAAAAAUGGCGUAUGCCUUGAUGCGUUUUCGAGACCGGCUGCCAAGAGGAGUGACACUGUGAUAAUCACCAAGAAUUUACCUGCUGCCGUAGAGGUAGAGGAAUUGGAGCGUAUGUUCGGGAAAUUUGGUGAGGUGGAGAAGGUUCUAAUGCCGCCGGAGGGCGGCAUCAGUGCCAUCGUUGUGAUGAGCAAUGCUGUAGAUGCCAAGAAAGCGUUCCAAGCAUUGGCAUACUCGCGUUUUCGUACCCAGCCUUUGUACCUUGAAUGGGCACCUGGUGAUGUAUUUGGUGAAGAAGUCAAGGAGAAAGAGGUUGUGGAGCAUAAAGAGAGCGAAACGAAGGAAGAAGUGGAGGACGAAAAGCCACCAAAAAAGAAGAAGAAAAAGACUUAUGAAGAGAAGAAGGCUGAAAAGAGGAGACUAAAAGAAGAACAGGCAGAUGUUAAGAAGGAAGAAGAAGAGGAUGUGGCGGAGGAACCAAGUUCUGCAGAGGUACAUAGAGAAGAGGAUCAUGCAGAAGAUACAAAGAACCUUGAGAAAAUGAAUGAUGUUGAAGAGGAUGAGGUGUUGGAGCCUAAUGCUACUGUUUUUGUCAAAAAUCUCUCGUUCGCGACUACGGACGAAAAUUUGUCCAAGUUUUUC